AUGAAGACCAGAUCAACGCAUACACUGCUUUCUGUAGUUCUUUCCCUUUUUCUGCUGAAAAAUAAAGUUUUAACAUUGCAGUUAUAUGCCAGCGAUGUAAAACCUAUUGAUAUGGUAAAAGGAGGUAAUCCCAAUUCUUCUCCUGUCUCAUCAUUUGCAACAAAUACAGGGAUGAACUUAGGUUCGAAAAGUAUACCGAAUAACAUAUUCGAUACGGAUACACAAUUUAAUGAAUCACUAAAGACUUUCUUAAAAAGUGGGAAUGGUGGUGAUGAAACAAGCGGAAGUGAGAACCUUAAAGGAGAAAAUUUCAUGGGAGAAAAAUUUUUAGAAGAAAAUAAGGAAUUUAUAAAGAAACAAAUUUUAUCUGAUCUUUACAGCAAAUUCAUUGUAGAUGUGGUUAAUAACAGCACUUUGAGCUUUCUGGAAAAUUUAAAUUCUGAGAAGACAGAUAAGAAUGAAUUUCAGAUUGAGCUUGAGGAAAGUUGUUCUCCAUUUUUUUGCGAAAAGGUCAUGAAGGCUAAGGAGGUUGAGGCAUUUGUCAAACCAAGUGACAUAAGCACUGCUGGAACCGAGACUAACCAAAGUAUCGAAACGGACAAGCAAUCUAAGAACAAUGCAAGUUCAGAAAAGAAUAUCAAGAUGCAUGAUGGGAUAGGAAAUGUAAGUGAAGAUGUUGUGCAAAAUUUAGAUAAUGUAAUGGAAGGUGCAAACAACCAAAAUGACAUAGAAGGAAUUUUUUCACAUACUAUCGAUGGAAAUGAAGAGAAGCAGAAAAUUAUUUUAACAGAUGGGGAUAAUGUAUAUGUAUUGGAAGAAAUAAGUCAAGGAAAUGAUUUACUGAACGAUGAAGAUUUAAAUAAACAGAGCUCAUUUCAAGAAAUAAAAAUGCAUGUACCAAAUGAAUCUAAAGGUGAAGUUGAUGAGAAGAAUAAAGAUUUAUUAGAAUCCAUUUUGAACACUUCAGAUGAAAAUGUUGACAGUGCAACAGGUGAGGUAAAUAACAUCCAAAUGGGUUCAGAAAAGGGAAUUCGUCAACAUGACCUUACCAAAGAUUAUUCCAAUUUUGCAGAAUCAAAUAAUUCAUCGAACGAAAUGAACAACAUAGAUGAAAACAUUUUUACCAUGAGUGAAGAAGAACUAUCAAAGAAAAUAUUUGAUGAUAUUAAGAUGAAUAGUGAAGACAAAGUUGAAUGUUACAACUUUUCAAAUGAUGAAAACAAAUGUAACAGUUAUAAGAAGUGUACUUUUGUCAAUAUAGACAACAAGGACACGUGCUUCUUGGAUUACAAUUACAUGUUGUUUUUGAAGAAUAACAAUUGUGCCUUACAGCCAAAGUCCUCUCUCCUGUCUAUAUCCAAGGAUUUGUUGAAGAAUGAAAUCAUAAACAGACAGAUGUUCCAGAUGCUACGUAACAGCAACAACAACAACUUCAUCUGCGACACAAUCACUUAUUCGUUUCUGACCAAUGUAGUAGACAACACAAAUUAUGAAGAAAUUUUUUCAUAA